AAAGUAGUUUUUUUAAGUCUCUGUAUUUGCUGACUUGGAGUUCGUGUAACAUUUCCGUAGUGUUAAUCUCCCCUAUAAUUUCCUUCGGGAAGUCCCAGAGUGAGCCUACAAGUCCCAGGUGGGCCCGCGCACGCCUUGGGGACUACAACUUCUGAGGUGCCUCGCGGCCCGCAGGGCUGUCCGCAGCGAUGCCCGCAGGACCCCGCGGCUCACACGGGCUGCCCGGCGCGGCGCCCGCAGGACCCCGGCGGCUGCCCAUGCCGAGGUGAGUCCGCGGUUGUAGCCGCCGCCGUCCCGUACCCGUCGCGUCCCCGCCGCCGCUCCGCGCGGCCUCCGCCGCCGUCCAGGAUGCUGGAAGAAGCGGGAGAGGUGCUGGAGAACAUGCUGAAGGCGUCGUGCCUGCCGCUCGGAUUCAUCGUCUUCUUGCCCGCCGUGUUGCUGCUUGUGGCGCCGCCGCUGCCCGCCGCCGACGCCGCGCACGAGUUCACGGUGUACCGCAUGCAGCAGUACGACCUGCAGGGCCAGCCCUACGGCACGCGGAACGCCGUGCUCAACACGGAGGCGCGCACGGUGGACGCGGACGUGCUGAGCCGCCGCUGCGUGCUCAUGCGCCUGGCCGACUUCUCCUAUGCGCAGUACCAGAAGGCGCUGCGGCAGUCGGCGGGCGCCGUGGUCAUCAUCCUGCCGCGGGCCAUGGCCGCCGUGCCCCAGGACGUGGUCCGGCAAUUCAUGGAGAUCGAGCCCGAGAUGCUGGCCAUGGAGACCCUCGUCCCCGUGUACUUCGCCGUGGAGGACGAGGCCCUGCUGUCCAUCUACGAGCAGACCCAGGCCGCCUCUGCCUCCCAGGGCUCGGCCUCCGCCGCUGAAGUGCUGCUGCACACAGCCACCGCCAACGGCUUCCAGAUGGUCACCAGCGGGGUCCAGAGCAAGGCUGUGAGCGACUGGCUCAUCACCAGCGUGGAGGGGCGGCUGACCGGGCUGGGCGGCGAGGACCUCCCCACCAUUGUCAUCGUGGCCCACUACGACGCCUUCGGGGUGGCCCCGUGGCUGUCUCUGGGCGCAGACUCCAACGGGAGCGGCGUCUCCGUGCUGCUGGAGCUGGCUCGCCUCUUCUCCCGGCUCUACACCUACAAGCGCACCCACGCCGCGUACAACCUCCUCUUCUUUGCCUCGGGAGGGGGCAAGUUCAAUUACCAGGGCACCAAGCGCUGGCUGGAGGACAACCUGGACCACACCGACUCCAGCCUGCUGCAGGACAACGUGGCCUUUGUCCUGUGCCUGGACACCGUGGGCCGGGGCAGCAGCCUGCACUUGCACGUGUCCAAGCCUCCGAGGGAGGGGACGCUACAGCACGCCUUCCUGCGGGAGCUUGAGAUGGUGGCCGCGCACCAGUUCCCCGAAGUGCUCUUCUCCAUGGUGCACAAGAAGAUCAAUCUAGCGGACGACGUGCUGGCCUGGGAGCACGAGCGCUUCGCCAUCCGCAGGCUGCCGGCCUUUACGCUGUCCCACCUGGAGAGCCACCGCGAUGGGCAGCGCAGCAGCAUCAUGGACGUCCGGUCUCGCGUGGACUCCAAGACGCUGACACGCAACACACGGAUCAUCGCAGAGGCGCUGACCAGGGUCAUCUACAACCUGACGGAGAAGGGGACGCCGCCGGACAUGCCGGUGUUCACGGAGCAGAUGCAGGUCCAGCAGGAGCAGCUGGACUCGGUGAUGGACUGGCUGACCAACCAGCCGCGGGCUGCCCAGCUGCUGGAUAAGGACGGCACAUUCCUGAGCACACUCGAGCACUUCUUGAGCCGCUACCUCAAGGACGUGCGGCAGCACCACGUCCGGGCUGACAAGCGGGACCCCGAGUUCGUCUUCUAUGACCAGCUGAAGCAGGUGAUGAACGCGUACAGGGUCAAGCCGGCCGUCUUUGACCUGCUGCUGGCCGUGUGCAUCGGCGCCUACCUGGGCAUGGCCUACACGGCAGUGCAGCACUUCGGCCUGCUCUACAAGACGGUGCAGAGGCUGCUGGUCAAGGCCAAGACGCAGUGACGGCCCCAUGACACCGCCGCCGCCCUGGGGUCCUCGGACACAGGCAGUAACGGGACUUCGGUUUGCUUUGGGUUUUCUUCCUCCUCUCUGACUUUGCUUGGAGGAGAGCCGGGCCACCUCCAACCUGGGGACACACUGGAUGAGCCCCGACCCGGGGACCCGCCAGCCUCCGAGCUGGGUGUGCACAGUGCCGGCAGAGCCAGGCCGUGCCCUGCCCCGGCUCCACAGCGACCCCUCGUGUGCCCGGCCACGCCUGGUUAUUUAGCUCCUCGUCCAGGCUUCGGGGAUCCCCCCGGGCCCUGCGCUGCCCACAUAGCCCCUGCGGCCAGCGCCCCGCACCCCACACACUUCACACACACACACCCCACACCUGAGCUGCUCCCCGCCACCCCCGGCUGUCCCCGCUGCUUACGCAGCCCUCAGCCGCCCGCCUGAGCAGGUCCCCGGCCCGGCCACCCUCAGCCUCCCCGUCCCCGGGCUCCAGCCUCAGUUUCUCCUCCGUGAAGGAAGACCCUCCCAUCACGUCACAGGAGGGACCGGGUCAGGAAUCGAGGGCCAUGGAGAAGGCAUGGACAGGCUGGAUGGGGCCGGAGGGCGGCGCUGAUCUCAGGGAGACCAGGAGUAUCGAUUCGUUAGCAAUAUAAUCAAUAUAUCGGCGGAGCUGCCCGGCGCGCCUGCCCCGGCCCCGGCUUGGUCUGCGACUCGCUGCCGGCUCCGACCACCGCCCUCGGGGCCCCGGUCCCUGCACCCUCCCACCUGCCUGCCCCAAGGAAGGGGCCUCGCCUGGGGACUUGGGGUGCCUGGAUGCCCCUGACGCCGCACUGCCCGGGCCACCGUUCCCACGCGAACUCCCCACCACUCCCUGGCAGGGCUGCUGGACACCGGGCUGGCCGGAGCUGCUGGCACCCGUCAGAAAAUAAAGCCAUACUGAACGAC